ACAAGACAAUAAUUCAGUUUUAGCUUUCCCAACAAAAAGUACAAAAAUAUCAACAAAAUGAAAUCGUUUAUUUUAACAAUCGUCUCUGUAGCCCUUUUGGGUGUUUUAACAGAAGCUUAUCCACAACGAGUGUAUUAUCAAAAAUUGCCAUAUUAUCCACCUCCCACCCAACCACCACGCCCUAUACGAGUUCGUAGAGAUUUGGGUGGUCAAAUAUCAACAAAUCCAGCUGGUGGCAAUAAUGCUAAAGUAGAUUUUACUCAGGGAAUUGGCACGCCAGAACACAAUCUCAUAGGACAAGCUUUUGUGUCUUAA